AUUUGUUUAAGUGAACGACACGUUGCCACCUCUUUGAACGUAUCGUUCCGUUCGUAGUUAAGAUGUUGGACUUCUUUGUUAUCAUUACAAAAGGCGGUAUUCGUUUAUGGUGUUUUCCCGGAUCAAUAGAUAUAUUCAGGUUAUCAAUAAAUACAUUCCUCAAAUCCCUCAUAUUAGAGGAGAAUGCUGGUCGCUCACCUUUUGUCUGCGACUCUAGGGCUAUGAAAUUUUACAUGGAUAAUGAAUUCAAUCUGUUAUUCGUUGCCGCAUAUCAAAAUGUCCUUCAGUUAAACUAUGUGGAUAAGUUUUUGACAGACAUAGCUCUAGAAUUUAGGGACAAGUACAAGAAUAAACUAAUUAAUCAUGACAUAACUGGGUCUUACGACGAAUUUUUGCCUAUCUACCAAGCUACUCUGAAGCGCACUGAAGACGAGUUUCGUGACCUUCGUAAAAGUGCCAAACAGAUGCGGAAGUUUAAAGAUUCUGACAAGUCAAAAAAGACUAUCGCCUCUAUGAUUGUCCGAAAGGGUAAAAAUACUGAGGGUGAUGUGAAAGAUAUUCCUAUCGCCCAAAAGGAAAGUCUAGUUUCUGAACCCAAAGUGGAAGAGCCUCCAGUAAAUGGCAUCGACACUUUUGAACAGAAUAGACUCAGACUGGCUGCUAAGUUUAAGGGAUCAAAAAAAAGUAAAGAACCAAAAAGCCCUUCAUUGUCACCUAUGCAAAAACCUAAUGGUAAAAAAAUCAAAGAAAGCCGUCGGUGGGAUAAUUCAGCAACUGGCGAGGAGGCAGCAGCUUUGGAUUUUAGUAGUAUGAAUCAUACAGAGUCAAUAGGAAACCAAAAAGCUGAUUAUAACUUUUCUGCCACAGAAAUAGAAACGCUAUCUCGUCUCCGUGGGACAAUGAAAGAUGAUUUAGAUGAAGUUAAUGUCUCUUCAGGUGAUGAAGACCUAGAUGAUUUAGAGCUUGAAGAGAAUGAAUCCGUUGAACAGAAUGGUUUAACAACCGGCUCUCAACUUCAAAAGAGUUCACUUGAUAAUAAACAAACAAAGUCAGGUUAUCUCAAUGGCGGUUUUGCCUCAAGUUUAUUGCGUGGUUUACGCAUUACUGGUAGUUCUGGGCGUGUUUUAACUCGAGAAGAUAUUACACCUUGUCUUGAGCAACUUAGAGAACGCCUUGUUGGUAAAAAUGUUGCUAUGUCAAUCGCUGAUAGAGUUUGUUCGAACGUUGCUGAUCGCCUUGUUGGCACAUCACUUGGAACAUUUGAAAGAAUUUACCCUCGUGUUCGAGCUAGUUUGGAAGAAGUUUGUUCUCGAAUUUUAGUUUCUGGUCGCCGCGUAGAUGUUCUUCGUGAUGCACUGGAUGCGCGUACUCAAGGAAGACCAUACAGUAUUGUUUUCUGCGGUGUUAAUGGUGUUGGAAAAUCGACAAAUCUGGCAAAGAUCGCUUUUUGGCUUAUCGAGAAGAAUUUCCGUGUCCUUAUAGCUGCCUGUGAUACUUUUCGAUCUGGUGCUGUUGAACAGCUGCGUACACAUGUACGUAAAUUAAAUUAUAUUCAUCCAGCUGAUCAGCAUGGUGGUCAAACUAUGGUUGAACUGUAUGAGCAAGGAUAUGGGCGUGAUGCAGCCUCAAUAGCUCGUUCUGCAAUUAACUAUGCCCGUGAUCGACACUUUGAUGUUGUACUUGUGGACACAGCUGGGCGUAUGCAAGACAAUGAACCAUUAAUGCGUGCUUUAGCUUCGGUAAGUCACAUAUUUUUUUUGGAAAUUAAACUAUUCUUAUAGCUUACAGAUUUAUAGUCGUAAUAAUUCAGUGAGAUAUCAAAUUAAAGCCUAGUAUAAAUGAGGGUUAGCCAAAGUCGCUUUACCGUACCAGGACAACAAGAUCAACAAUAGGUUCAUACACCGUUUUUUUUCUUCACACUUCUGGAGCCCAUAUGCACCAUUAGUUUGGAAUGAAUGUUUUCCAACUCCUUGAGGUGGACCCUCCAGUCCACCAACCCAAAUAAAGCGUCGGACAUUCGCCUUUCGUCCUCUGAAUUUCGCAAACAACAUCCUCGCUGCGAAAAGGCAGUGAGUGGAACUUCGUUCAGUGUCUGUACACGCGUGGCCAUGGGAGAACAUUUUGAGAGGGAGAGCUGACUCUCUCCACCAUUGCCCUUACAAGGGUUCCAGAUGUUCUUUAAUUUUAGGAAUACUAUCCUUGUUUCGUCAAUCUAUGCCUUUACAUCUGCAUCAGAUCCUCUUUUAUCAAUGAUACUCCUCAUGUACGUAAAACUUCCCACCUCUUUCAUAGCUUCCCCAUCCAAUGUAAUUUGAUUGGUUAGUUCUCGCUGUCCCAUAUUUUUAUGUUUCGCUUUUUUCCUUGUGAAUGUCAAAGCUUACUCCUGCAGAGGCUGCUGCCACACUGACUACCGUCAUUUGCAUUUGUUGUUGUGUACAGGCAUCUACUUAUCAUUUUAUCAGUUUAUAAUGGAUAUCUCACAACAAUUUCUCUGUUAUUUUGAUGUCCGAUGUUGAAAUAGUAAAAACGUUUCAUUAAAUUGUAUUUUCAAAAGUUUUCUCAAUUUUGUGACCCUUUCUACUACCCUUUUCUAGCUUAUUCAAACCAACCAACCGGAUCUUGUGUUGUUCGUUGGUGAAGCGUUGGUUGGUAAUGAAGCAGUUGAUCAACUGGUUAAAUUCAAUCAAUCACUUGCAGAUCAUAGCUAUUCUGAUCGCCCUAGGUCCAUUGAUGGCAUUGUAUUGACUAAAUUCGACACCAUUGAUGAUAAGGUUGGAGCUGCUAUUUCUAUGGCAUGUAUUUCAAAUCAACCUAUUGUAUUUGUUGGUACAGGUCAAACUUAUUCUGAUCUUCGUCAGUUAUCAGUAAAUGCUGUUGUUAAAGCUUUAAUGAAAUAAAUUACUUUCAUAUACUUUGCCAAUAUCUGUCAAUGAUAAUUGUCAACACUAUUAUUGUGUAUAUGUUAUUUGAUUGAUUUUGUUUGUUUUUCUUCUUUUUCUGAUCCCAUAUGUUAUGAUUUCAUGUCUAGGAUGAUUUUUUUUUCCUUUCUUUUUUUCUCUUGAAUUCCCCCCCACACACACACACACCCUCUCAUGGAUUACUUUCAAAAGAGAGAAUACACUGGACAAAAUGAAUUUCUUUUCUCUUCACUCGCUUCAUUUUUCUUCAUAAACAUUAUUUGAUGACAAUGUUUAGUCUCUCUUUUAUUCAAUUCCAUAUUACUAAUAAAGACAGAUAAGUAGUAUCAAUAGUCUUUUUUCUAUUUUUCUUUACCAUUCUAUCGUUGUAUGUACAUGAGGAGAGAAAGAGAAGGAAGAUACAUAUUAUUGUUCAUUGUGUAUGUUCCCUUUAUUAUUUUCUAUUUAUAUAUUGUAUGAUUCUGUUGUUAUUUUUUCCCAUUGAUGUUUAUGUGAUAUAUACAUACAUUCUGUUCAUUGGUGUCCUUGUAUUGUAUGAAUGUAUUUUUUUUUAUAGAUAAACUAUAAAAACCUCGGAAGUUCUUUUCUUUUUUUUUCCAUGGUGAAUAGUACUUGUAUCAUAUUAAUUUUAUGUACUAACUUCAUGUUAUUCAACUCAAAUUGUUCUAUUCAUUCCUUUAUAUCUUCUUGAAAUUUGUCUUUUCUGUCAUAAAGGUAAAAUAAAAGAGCCAAUUAAGU